UAAGUACGGCGUCGUUUCCAAGUCUCGUUUUGUCUACUUCUUGAGCGUAGAUAGAUAAUUCAAAAAACAAUUCACCCGAGAAAAUGAAAAGAGAUAGAGACGAAGCAGAAGAAGAAGGAAACGAAGAGAGAAACAAAAGGAAAAUGGAGAUUGUUUGGCAAACUCCUGCUCAUCCUGCUCAGAAACAAGAUUAUGUUUUUCACAACGGGAAGCGCCAUGUACGACCUUACUACUUUGAGUUCGUCUCUCAUGUUAAUAAACGAUGGGAAGGUAAAACAAUAGUGGAUUUGUUCGCUCAAGAGUUCAGAGGUCGAUCUAGAGAUUACUAUGUUAGUGCUGUCAAAUGUGGACGGAUACAAGUGGAUGGAGAGAAUAUACCUGUUUCAUACGUAGUUAAACGAUGCCAGAAGAUUAGCCACUUCUUACAUAGGCAUGAACCACCAGUGAUGGCUUGGGAUGUUGAAGUUCUUCAAAAUGAACCUGAUGUACUGACAGUUUGCAAACCUGCAUCAGUUCCUGUACAUCCAUGUGGUCAAUAUCGUAAAAACACAGUUUUGGGUAUUCUCCAAGCAGAGUAUGGAUUGGCUCCUUUGUAUCCCAUUCAUCGACUAGAUCGUCUAGUCUCAGGACUGCUUAUCAUGGCCAAAAAUCCAGCUAAAGCUGACAUUUUCAGGCAGCAUAUCGAAGCUGGACUAGUGCAGAAACAGUAUGUUGCAAAGGUUGUUGGAGUGUUUCCGGAUGCUGAGCAAGUUGUUGAUGCCAACAUAGAUUACAAUGCUAGAGAGGGAAGGAGCACUGCAGAGGUUGGCAUCUCUAAUGGUGAUACUACCUUGAAGGGAAAGGCUGCUUGUACAAAGUUUACUAGGAUUAGCACCAAUGGGAUUCAUAGCAUUGUCUUGUGUGAACCAGUUACCGGCCGAACUCAUCAAAUUCGUGUGCAUUUGCAGUGUACAGGUCAUCCAAUAGCCAAUGACAUGCUUUAUCUUUCAGACGAUGUUGUUAAUCGCUCUACAUUAGGAACAACUGCUGAUAGAGCUGCAGCUCUUUCUGGAGGUUCUCCUGAAACCAGUUGUGAGAGUCAUAAGGAAGAAUACAAGUACUGUAGUGAAGAUUUCAGCAUCGAUCCUAUGUGUACGCACUGUCCUAAUUUAGCUCCAAACGGGUAUGAUGGGCAUGAAGAAGGAUUAUGGCUACACUGUGUGCGUUACACUGGACCGGAAUGGGUUUACGAAUGCCCAUAUCCUGACUGGGCAUCACUCACUUAAUUUCACUCUUCUUUAUAUAUUUCCGAGAAAAUGCGGUGCCGUGCCAACCAUUCUUGUAAUUUUCUGAAAGACAAUUCAUCCCUUUGGUUGUCAAGCAAUUCAUUUUGAAAAUUUGUUGUAGUAAUUGAAGAUGAUUCAGUUUCUAACUGCGAAUGUACAACCUAUUUGUUAUCAUUCAAAUGCUGAUAUGUAUUCACAAAAUUACAUGCCGAGUUGAAGCUUCUUUCACUUA